UGCACGUGGGUAGGGAGGGAGUGCUGGCGGAUUAGCGUGCUCUGAUCAUCACAGUCUACGUGCUACCAUAACAACAGUGAAUGAAGAAAGGCAGUUUAGAAUACAGUUUUCUCCUCAUUGCUCGUGUUUGUCAGUGUCUCUCUCUCUGAAUUUAAAUCAUCCUUCGGCCACUAACAUGUCUCUGUCAGGUUCGCAGACUCCAGAGGACGGCUUGUACGACUCGUGGGUGGAGCUGGAGGAGCUACUAUCAGCGGUGAGCAGCAGGGAGAGUCUGACAGGACAAGAACAAGACCCAGCCUCCUGGGCCCUGCAGGGGGAGCUACAGAGGAUCCUGCUAGAGGCACAGCUCGAGAGUAAAGACAGUCCUCCACAGUUGGUGACUCCUCCACAGGCUGUUGCUUCCCCUCCCUACAGUGAAGGCAGCAGCAGUACAGACUGUUUUACCAUACAGUCCGAAGAAGAAGGGGAGAGGGGGCUGACUUCUGAGUGGGUAUGGGACUGGUCCAGUCGGCCUGAGAACCUUCCACCAAAGGAGUUUGUGUUCCAGCACCCGAAGCAGCAGUCAGGCUCCCUGAGUGUAAGGAAGAGUGAGGUGAUGAAGAGAGGACUGUUCUCCUCCGACGUCCUCAUGGUCCUCAUCCCCUCACUGCUGGUCUCACACCUUCUCACACUGGGAGUGGGGAUAUACAUAGGGAAGCGAUUGGCUGCCUCCACAACUAGCACUCUGUGACAUAUGCUUCAGGGUAGCACUCCCAUUUGUUGACGGCAGACCAAUAGGAAUGGCAGCCCUUGCCACAACACACCUGUUGCCCCCCUCUCUCUCUGUCAUGGGGCAACAUAGGACCAGGCCUUUCUUUACCACUGUCUCUCUGUCUGUCUCAAUAUGUCUGUCUGUCUGUCUGUCUGUCCACCACCCACCAGCACUUUAUGUGUCUGUCCAUCAGUCAGUCACCCAGCAUCUCUGAAUCUGUGAUUGUCCCAGGGCCAGAGAGUGAGUGAGUGAGUGAGUGAGUGAGUGAGAGUGUGUGUGUGUGUGUGUGUGUGUGUGUGUGUGUGUGUGUGUGUGUGUGUGUGUGUGUGUGUGUGUGUGUGUGUGUGUGUGUGUGUGUGUGUGUGUGUGUAAAGGCUGUCGUUCUCCUCUUCCUCGGAUGAGGAGAGGAGAGAAGGAUCAUCAGACCAAAAUGCAGCAUUAGGGAAAUAAGCCAUCUUUUUAUUUGUAACGACGAUGGCAACACGAAAAACAAAACACUUUCAAAAAUACAAAACAAGAAAACGACGUAGACGAAACCUGAAACAUAAACUUACAUAACUAAACGUAAAACUUACGGACAGGAAACAGACUACAUCAAAAUAAACGAACGAACAACCGAACAGUCCCGUAUGGUGCAAAACAUAACACAGAUACGGAAGACAAUCACCCACCAACAAACAGUGAGAACACCCUACCUAAAUAUGACUCUUAAUUAGAGGAGAACGCAAAACACCUGCCUCUAAUUAAGAGCCAUACCAGGCAACCAAAACCAACAUAGAAACAGAUAACAUAGACUGCCCACCCAAAACACAUGCCCUGACCUAAACACAUACAAAAACAACAUAAAACAGGUCAGGACCGUUACAGUGUGUGUGUGUGUGUGUGUGUGUGUGUGUGUGUGUGUGUGUGUGUGUGUGUGUGUGUGUGUGUGUGUGUGUGUGUCAGUCAGGGCCGGAGAGAGACUGCUAUACAGACAUUGUGUCAAUAACUCAGACUGAGAUCACUAUUACUUUACCAGCAGAGUAACACUGAUCUCAGUCAACUAACAGAGAGAAACGAGUGAUGAGAUGGAGAGAGAAAAAGGACAGAGAAAGGACAGAGAAAAAAGAGUAACUCCUCACUAAAUCCCCAUGGAAGGUGUGAGCAAGGCAUUGAAGAUAUAGGGUAUAUAGUCCAAUGCUUGCCCAAAUUUAAACCAAAAUCGAAUUCUGGUGAAAGAAAGUCCCCAACAGUAUAUCUUUAUAUGACUCUGGUCACCAAUAAUAUGUGUCAGAAAUAACAGAUCUGUGAUAAGCCCGGGUGGUUUGUAUAACGUUGAGGAAUGGUUUGUAUAACGUUCUAAGUGGUUUAUGACAACACAAGUGGCGCUGGUUGUUUUCGUUGUCCUAUAUAACCAUCUAACUGUUUAAACUCUGAACUGUUUGAAGGACCAUAAGCCCAUUAAACUUCAUUCCUCAUACAGCUCCUCA